AUGAGCAGACCGCCCUUCUCAGAGUUGAAACUGUAUAAGUGGUCUCGUCCUGAUACCGUGGGGCAUGCAGUUGUCAAUUUGGUGCCAUUUUGCAAUCUUGGUUUCACUUUUUUUGUCCAUCUUUCGCCUAAUUAUCCGGUCGGUUUCUUGGAUUUCUUUCAGUUUCCAUGCGCAUUUGCGGCGCACUGCAAAGCUCAACUGUCUAUCUUUGCGCAGGUGGACGACGCUGGCAAUGCCUGGGUGGCAGGCUACACGUUGAGCUCACUGGAUGGGCACACCAACGCGGGCUCGGAUGACAUCUUCCUGAUGAAAUUCGAUGCCCAGGGUGUCCACCUGUGGACGCGCCAGCGCGGUGGUGAGAGCAGUGACUAUGCUCACGCCCUUCAGGUGGACAACGCUGGCAAUGCCUGGGUGGCAGGCUACACGGAAAGCUCCCUGGAUGGGCACACCAACGCGGGCUCGGAUGACAUCUUCCUGAUGAAAUUCGAUGCCCAGGGUGUCCACCUGUGGACGCGCCAGCGCGGUGGUGAGAGCAGUGACUAUGCUCACGCCCUUCAGGUGGACGAUGUUGGCAAUGCCUGGGUGGCUGGCGACACGUAUGGCUCCCUGGAUGGGCACACCAAUGCGGGCCCGUAUGACAUCUUCCUGAUGAAAUUCGAUGCCCAGGGUGUCCACCUGUGGACGCGCCAGCGCGGUGGUGGUGGCGAUGACUCUGCUCACGCUCUGCAGGUGGACGAUGUUGGCAAUGCCUGGGUGGCAGGCUACACGGUAAGCUCCCUGGAUGGCAAUGCCAACGCGGGCAGCUCGGACAUCUUUCUGAUGAAAUUCGAUGCCCAGGGUGUCCACCUGUGGACGCGCCAGCGUGGUGGUAAGGGCCGUGACGAGGCUAACGCUCUUCAGGUGGACGAUGUUGGCAAUGCCUGGGUGGCAGGCUCCACGGAAAACUCCCUGGAUGGGCACACCAAUGCGGGCAGCUCGGACAUCUUCCUGAUGAAAUUCGAUGCCCAGGGUGUCCACCUGUGGACGCGCCAGCGUGGUGGUGGGAGCUGGGAUGAGGCUAAGGCUCUGAAGGUGGAUGUGAACGGCCAUGCCUGGGUGGCUGGCUACACGGGAAGCUCCCUUGAUGGACACAGCGCUGGCGGAAGAGACAUCUUACUGAUGAAAUUUGAUGGCGAAGGCGUUCACCAAUGGACUGACCAACGCGGUGGUGAGGGCGAUGACUAUGCUCACGCCCUUCAGGUCGAUCCCACGGGCACUGAUGCUUGGAUAGCUGGCGAGACAACAAACUCCCUGGAUGGGCACAGCCACGCUGGCGGAACGGACAUCUUUCUGAUGAAGUUUCAAGUGACUGGGUUGAAGGUUGAGAGGCGGGUAGUCGGAGCACAUCGGAGCACCGAAGUUGGAACCAUCGGGUCAGCUUCUUCAGGUGUUGUCAUGAACAGUUCAAAGUGGAAAAAAUGCCAGAUUCUGUCUGGUUUGGAGGAUGUUUGGGAGAUCUUAGGCCAGUACCCCAACUUCCAGCUGGACAACGUCAACGACGAAGCCGUCAACCAGUAUCAGCAGACCAAGAUCCACAACGAAAUCAUCAACCAGCACAGCAUCAGUGACGACCGCAUCAGCCAGCGCAAGCGCAGAAGAAGCUCGACCGGCUCUAUCGGCAUUGCCAGUGAACAGCAAACAUCAACCACGACUGCCCCAGUCGACGUCGAGAACUGGAAUGCCCAAUCGAUCGAUUUGGGCGCAAACACCGCCAGCACAUCAAGCGAACAUGAUUCGUUUGGAUUGUCAAGUGAAGAUGAUUCGACUGGAUUGCUGGUGGCUGUGGUGGUGCUGCCAUUGCUGACGGCGUGCCUUUGUGCCUCCCUGGGCAUCUGCUGUUACCGCGCGAAGCUCCGCCAGCUGCGAGGUGCCGAAGCAGAGCCUCAAGUCCCAAAUCCGCUGGCGAUGCUGCCGCCCCUUGCGUGGUCUGUGAAACCUCUCAUUUUCUCAUGGAAUUCCAGGAUGACUGCGGAAUGGCCACGGGGAAAAGUUCAGAAGCUUUCGGUGAGCGAGACGGCUUUUGAAUUGAGUGGUCGCCAGUUUCAAUUUCGACCAGGGCAAGUUCAACAUUUUACCUGGGAAGAUGGAACUGUCCAGACGGUGCAGAGCGUUCAAAAGAACGUUGUGUGGUGGAGCACGCAGCAUGCCCAUCCUGCUUGGCAACGCUUCAGGUGGGUUUGCACUCCAAAAUGCCAAAUCGAAAAUCACCACGACAUGGAGCUCACGGACUCGGCGGACUCGGGUGAUGGCUACAGAUGCACAUCGUGCUCGCGCCUCCGAGCUGGAAAGCACUGGUACUGCCCGCAACAUCAGGUGCACGUGUGCCCAGUUUGCGCAGAGCUGCCACCUGAGAUGCCCACCUUGGGGUUGGCAGCCACCUAUUUGGUGGACGUUUUUCCACCUUUGGCCCGCAGAGUGACCAGAGCUGAGAAUCCAAAUUUCUACGAUAUUUGCCCAAACUUGGCACACGGGUCGGCCGGUAUGGGUUACAACAGGACAUGUCCCAGAGAUGGAAGGCCCCACUGCAGCAUUGUGGACGCGUUGGAAGAUGCAUACAGUGGAAAGGUCACACACUUCGUUUCAUGGUGCUGGGCAUAUUCCUUGAAUGACGUUGUCAGUGCCAUUGAGCGAUGGGUGCAAAAGUCCAAUGAAGAUGCACGGAACGUCUUCCUGUGGAUGUGCUUCUUCUGUAACAACCAGUAUCGGAUCCAAGAGGAAAAGAACGCUGCAGCUGCGCCUGCUACAGGCGCCACGCAGCCUGGUGAUGUUCAAGCUGAUGAAGCUAUGAAAGCUGCUUCGGCUGCUGCAGGUGACAAACGCGUGUGCAUCACGCAGGAGAUACCAAUGAACAUCAUACUCCCCGGCGCGGCUGAGACCUUUUUCAAGGAAACUAUGUCAGCGGGCAGGAUCAGUGUGCUGACUGACGCCGUGGAUACUCUCAAUGUUCGGCAUGCCAGGGCGGGAUCCGAAAAGGACGAGGACUUGAUCAAAAGAAUCAUCCUCACCACAAGGGGUUUCGAUGCAGUGAAUUAUGCUGUGAAAUCGCGGCUCUUAGACCAGUUGACAGUUUUGUUCCGUGGCUGCAAACUUGGGGUGAAGAGGGGCGUAAGCCGGUGUGAGCGUUCAGAUGAUGAUGAUGAUGAUGAAGAUGAUGAUGAUGAUGAUGAUGACGAUGACGAUGACGACUACGACGACGACGACGAUGAUGGUGAUGACAAUGGUGGUGGUUGUGGUGGCGGUGAUGAUGAUCAUGGUGAUAGCAAGAGUGAGGAUUAA